UGGUCAGAAACUACUUCCGGGUUACAGUAAGACUCGUAUAAGUAAACUAUUGGCGCCCUUAACGUCUGUUUACUCACCACACUUAAAAUCGAAUUUAGCUGAAUGCUAAAACACCACGCAAUAUAGUUACGAGCUCACAGGAGGAAUAGUUUAUUAUUUUAUUCGACGGUAGCCCGUUUGAUGCUGUUGCAAUGGUGAUGGGACUUAACAGCGAGGCGAAAGAAAGGCUGUCAGUCAACAAAUGUUAUCAUUCCUUUAAAAUAAUUCAGACAUGGAUGAGCGCUUUGCCUUUCUGGCUGAGUGGUACGACCCAAGCGCUGCUCUCCUGCGACGAUACCAGCUGCUCUACUACCCUAAAGAUGGCUCCGUGGAGAUGGUGCGUCCCUUUACUCAGAUUUCAGGAAGCAUGCAGCGGACUUUUACACGGAACAUCAGUCAAAGUCUUUUUUACAAGAGCUGGAGUUCUUCUUCCCUUCCACUAGUGGUCACGGUCCCUCCAACACAGCCAAGUACUCAGACUGCACCUGCUGUAUCAUUAAACCUCAUGCCAUCUCAGAAGAAUAUGGUGGAUGAACUUUGUUCUGGACCUUGCAUGGCCCUGGAGAUCCAUGCCUUUCAGGAGUUCUGUGGACCCGCAGACCCUGUGGCCACCAUUCUGCCAACCGAUUCCUGCUUCUGCCAGAGAUGGCUUGUAAAUUGCAGGAAAUUGCACGCCACCUUCAGCCCACCAUUUCAUGAUUGCUCUACGGCAAAAACAAAGUGCAGAAUGCAGUUCACUGCACUGACCUACCGGAUGACGGGAUACUGAAUGGUUCAGUAUUUCUUUAAGAUUUUAGAUGGGUGACGCAACGGUGGGAAACAUCUAUCCAGCAGUUAUUUAAAUAAAGACCACUUGAAAGACAAUACCUCAGUUGUCUGUCCAUUUAUUUCUUCUUAGGUCUUACCCAGAUUUAAAUAACAUUACAAGAGCAAAUGCAAUUCUUGACAAGUGUUCUGAUGUCCAACAGUGACUUUUAAGAACUUUAAACAACAAAACAAAAUAUCCUAUUACAUGGGGUACUGCUUUGCAUCUGAUAGGUUUCUAACCUUUGACCAGUGACUUUGGUUUUU